AUGAAAGGAGUGCAAAAUCAUCCUUGGAAAAGGAAAAGGUUGAUAUCGCUUCUUGGAGACCCUUUUGAUUUUCGACUAAGACCUGACAGCAAUACACACUUUCCAGGACAAAUGCGUCUCGAUGGCUUUUUCUGUGAAUACAAAUCAGACGACAAAUUUAACUUCUUGAAGAGGCUUCACGAUAAAGGCGUCAGAAACAUCGAAAUGGAGAGCACAUGUUUCGCUUCGAUGACGUAUCGCGCCGGUGUCAAA